AAGAAAUGCAAUUGUUGCAUUUUAUAUGGUUAUGCGUUCUGCAUUUAAUACAAAUAAUAGAAAGUGAAAAUGACAAUAGUACCGUGAUGAAAUGGUUUUUACGGGAUAAAUUCUUAUUUUACAUUGAUACAGAACCCAGAUUUACAUCAGAUGAGACUCAGACAUUUUGUAAAGAAAAUGACAUGGUGUUUACCAUCAUGAAAUCGGAAGCUUUUACUCUAUUUGACCAGAUCCACGAAAUUUAUGGCAACUUUUCAUCGUUUUGGACUUAUGGCAAUCAACAAUAUAAUCUAGUUGACAAAACAGAUACCAACUCCUGCUAUAAGUUGACGGUUAAUGAUCUUUAUAGAAAAGAAAACUGUUCCACCUUGAUGGGUUUAAUAUGCAAGAGACGCAUUGCUGGCGCUACAUUACGCUACAAAAAUGGUACGAAAUAUGAAAUUGGUUUAAGUGAUGUUCAGGAAUAUUGUGAUCCACAAACGAGUAAAUAUGAUGAUGUAUUAGAUUACUGCAAAAUUAAUUUCUUUGUAAUGCAAUUGUAAAAUAAUAAAACGAAUAAUUUAACAAAUAUUUAGAA